AUGGCAACCGAUAAGACUGUCUACGCUUCCAAGUGGGGUACCAUCAACAAGCUCACCGAAUUAAAUUACCCAAAGUGGAAGAAUGACCUGUCGCUGGUUCUGACUGCCAUGGAUGCACUGGAAAUCGUUGCCGGUGAAGAAGAAGAGCAACCUCCGGCCGGCAACUCCGUAGCAGCCAGAGCUGCCCAGGUCAAUUACCGCAAGCGACAGGCAAACGAUGCCAAAGCAAUGCGCUUCUCCUGCAGCGAUGCAACUCCCGCCCGGUCGCCGGAGAGAGAUGAGCAGGAUGAAGUGCAAGAGAAAAGCCUAGGCGACGCAAACCUCGGUGCGACAUCCGGCAACGAAGCCUAUUCCAAAUCUGGAAAAGGUGGAAAACAGAGGCAAUCGCAGCCACCCUCUAAGUGGAUACUCGACUUCGGCGCCUCACAAGAUAUCUACAACGGCAGCCCUAAUAUGUUUACCUCCUACAACCGCCUAAUGAACCCGAUCGAAAUCAAACUCAGCGAUGAUUCUUGCAUUCUUGCCACCCACUACGGCUCCCUACUAGUCCAAAAUCACCCAAUUGAGGCACUUCAUACACCUACCAUUCGUAUCUCGCUGUUCUCGGUCGGAGAGUUCGACUCUCGAGGACACAGUACGCUCUUCGUCAACGGCUACUGCACUAUCACCUCACCUGGAUCAUAA